UCCGGCUCCUCCGCGCUCCGCUCCUCAUGCUCUGGCGGCGGUGGCUGAGCGGCGCCCUCUCAGAAUGGAUUUCUGGAAAAAAAUCAUAGCAAACAGUUGUACUUGGAGCCCGCAAAAUUUUCAGGGAGACCUACAGCAUUUGAGCUGUUAUGACGGGACCAAGGCCAGUCGUCCUGAGCGGGCCUUCGGGUGCCGGGAAGAGCACGCUGCUGAAGAAGCUGUUGAAGGAUUACGAGAAUGUCUUCGGCUUCAGCGUCUCCCAUACCACAAGGCAACCGAGACCUGGAGAAGUGAAUGGAAAAGAUUACCAUUUUGUGACCAGAGAAGAGAUGCAGAAGGAAAUUGACGCUGGAGGAUUCAUUGAACAUGCACAGUUUUCUGGGAACUUGUACGGAACAAGCAAAGCAGCUAUCCAGGCUGUCCAAGCACAGAACCAGAUUUGUAUUCUGGAUAUUGACAUGCAGGGUGUGAAGAACAUCAAGAAAACGGACCUUAAUCCGAUAUACAUCUCCAUCCAAGCCCCCUCCAUUGAAGUCUUGGAGAAACGGUUGCGGGAGAGACAGACGGAGACAGAGGAGAGUUUACAGAAGCGGCUGAACGCCGCGUCCAUCGACAUGGAACUGAGUAAGGAGCCUGGCCUUUUCGACUUGAUCAUCAUUAACGAUGAUUUGGAAAAAGCCUAUAAUCAGCUGAAGAACACUCUUGCCGAGGAAAUCCAAAAGGCACAAGGAGCCAAGAAGUCGUGAAUCUUCAGGGUGCAGACGCUUGGAUUUUGCAGACAUUCCCAAUGUCUUUUACUGCCUUUUCUGUAUUAGAGAGAAAGACACACAGAGACACAUUCCUCUUUUUCCCUGAUCCCCUGUGGAAUUCUAGCAACUUUCUACUAAAGAAUAAAACGUCAAACGUGGACCUUU